AUGGACGCAGAAAACGGAUUAAAAAUGUUUGAGCUUGAGAAUGGCAUAGUGCCUCUGAGCAAGAGCGACGAAAAGGUGUACUGCUUUGACAAGGAUCUCCAGAGACAGCAGCUCGACACACAGCCAUGGAAGAAGAACAUCUACCACUACCGCAAGGUCGAAAUCUCGUCGAUUGCGCUGGUCAAGAUGGUGAUGCAUGCGCGUUCAGGCGGCGAUAUCGAGGUGAUGGGGCUCAUGUUGGGUAAGGUUGUCGGUAACACGAUGAUUGUGCUGGACGCGUUUGCGCUUCCUGUCGAGGGCAGUGAGACACGAGUCAGUGCGCACCAGGAGGGCUACGAAUACAUGGUACAGUAUCUGGAGCAGAACCAGGAGGCUGGCCACCAAGAGCCCGUGGUCGGGUGGUACCACUCGCACCCAGGGUACGGCUGCUGGCUUUCAGGAAUUGACGUGGAGACGCAAAUGGCCAACCAGAAGCACCAGGAGCCGUUUCUCGCGGUAGUCAUCGACCCCAAGCGCACGAUUUCGGCGGGAAAGGUGGAGUUGGGUGCUUUCCGCACGUUUCCCGAGGACCAGCAACCAAAGGGCGGGGAGGGCACAGAUGCCGAAGGGUUCCAGAACAUCCCGCUGAGCAAGAUCGAGGACUUUGGAGUGCACGCGCAGCAGUACUACCCCCUGGAGGUGAGCUACUUCAAAUCGUCGCUGGAUGACAAGCUGAUGGAGCGCCUGUGGCGUAAGCACUGGAUUAAUACCCUGUCACAGUCGCCGCUGAUCACGAACAGCGAAUUCACGACACUAAAGCUGCAGGAGAUCACAAACAAGGUCAACAUGCUGACCGGCGGCGGCAAGAAAAACGUGUCGUGCGCGCACGUUUUGCGCGAGAGCGACGCGAUUGCGGAGGAGAUCGCGCAGGGGCACAAGUCCAACGAGAUCAAGAAGAAGCUGUUUGGCGGGUUAUAA